GAUAAUUUUUAUGUUUAUGGCUAUUAGAUAUAAUGUUAGGUUAUGUCUUCCAUUCCAAAUUCACCUAUUGAGUUAACUUUUUGUUAAAGAGUUACGUUUCUAUUUCUUUGGCAUUUUUUGUUUUAAAUCGUCACGGAUUAAAAUGACUCGUAAACGCCGUAAUGGAGGAAGAUCAAAACAUGGACGUGGACAUGUAAAGCCUGUACGUUGUACUAAUUGUGCUCGUUGUGUACCAAAAGAUAAAGCAAUCAAGAAGUUUGUAAUACGUAAUAUUGUUGAAGCCGCUGCUGUACGUGAUAUAACUGAUGCUAGCGUAUAUUCUUCUUACCAAUUACCUAAACUGUAUGCAAAAUUACACUACUGUGUCUCUUGUGCUAUCCAUUCUAAGGUUGUAAGAAAUAGAUCUAAAACUGAUCGUCGCAUCCGAACACCACCAAGUCGUAACUUCCCUCGUGGUGAUAACAAUCGCCAAGGAGGUCAACCACAAAGAAAACCUUGAUACCUUCAUUAAUUGAGGGAAAUAACAUAUAUUGUUUUUAUAAAAUAUGUGAGAAUAAAUAUUAUUCUGCUCGAUA